GGAGUCCGAAAGCGAGACCGAAAGCUGCGAUCGUUGAAAUGCGCAUGACCCCGCUCUGUGUCGCAUGAGAAGGCGUUGGUAGAGCGCUGAAGCAUCGAGGUCCGAGAGGAGAGGAGAGGAGAGGAGAGGCUCGAUUAAUGGGAUUGUGCUCUUGGGCAGGGUUUAUCGAUUGAGAGAGCGUUUGUUUGGUUUGUUUUCGAAUUUUUUCUUGAGUGUUAGCGUGCUUGCGGCUUUUGGCGAUGGAGGAGGUGAAUCCGAGCUCGUGUGAUACUCCUGCAGUUGCGGAGCUGGAAUCGAUUCCGCCCCCAGCUCCGAAACUGAGGCAGAGGAAGUCUGGACGCGUGACAUUCUCGGAAGAGAACUUGGCCAUGCUCAGAGCAGACUCGAUCAAGGACAAGGCAAUGAAGGCUAAACAGGAGGAGGGAUUAAGCUGGGGAGUUGCAUUCUUCGCUUUGGCACUUGCAAGAUACUUCAGCUCAAAAUCGAACAUCGUUCAUGACUGUGACGAAGUCUUCAAUUAUUGGGAGCCCUUGCAUUUUCUUGUGUAUAAGUCAGGCUUCCAGACAUGGGAAUACAGUUCGGAGUUUGCGUUGCGUUCCUAUCUGUACUUGCUGUUUCAUGCACUUUUCGUGAAGCCGGCAAGCUGGCUGUAUGACAGCCAAGUCGGGAAGGUACAAGCGUUCUACUUUUUACGGUUCAUUCUGGGAUUGAUGUCGGCAAGCACUGAGGCAUCACUUGUUGCUGCCACAUCCAGCUUGUUUGGGAGAAGACUGGCGGCUUACACCCUCAUGCUUCUUUGUUUCACAAGUGGCUGUUUUACUGCAAGCACCAGUUUCUUGCCAAGUACAUUCUCAAUGUACACCUUGACUCUUUCAUCAGCCGCAUUGCUCUACAGGAAGCCUGGCACAGCGGUGGCGGUGGGAGCGUUUGGUGUUCUGGUGGGCUGGCCUUUUUCCGUGCUGGCUUUUGUGCCAGUAGUCCUAUAUGCUCUGGCAACUGGAGGCUUCUUGAAGGUUUUUAUGGCAGGAUUGAGUACGUCUGUCUUCACUGUGGUCAUUUCAGCCGUGGUGGACAGACAGUUUUAUGGAAAGUGGACAUCUUCUGUCCUCAAUCUCGUCAUAUAUAACGUGUUAGGCGGUGGAGACAGUUCUCUUUACGGAGUUGAAGGCCCUCUUUUCUAUCUUCGGAACGCAUUUAACAACUUCAACAUUGCUCUGAUCUUAGCUCUUGUAUUUCUGGUGCUAGCAGUCAUCAAAAGCGACAAGUAUGGCCCCCUGCUGAUUGUAGUGUCACCUGUAUACUUGUGGCUGAGCUUCAUGUCAUUACAACCUCACAAGGAGGAGAGGUUUUUAUACCCUAUCUACCCUCUUAUAUGCCUUGCAGCCGCAGCUUUAAUUGAAACAAUCCCAGAGUUGUUGCCGAAACCACGAUACUAUCCUCCCAACGAGGAACCCCCUAUCGUGCUGGUUGGAAAGGUUCUGCGACCUGUAACACUAGCUGUUAUUCUAGUGCUUUCAUAUAGUAGGACAACAUCUUUGCUCUAUGGCUACUCAGCCCCAAUGCAGGUCUACCGUCAACUUCCCACCAUGGAACAGCCAAAAGUUGGAAACCAAGCAGUUUCAUUGGUGUGCGUAGGAGCUGAAUGGCACCGCUUUCCAUCAUCAUUUUUUCUACCAUCUGCAAGUUAUGAGCUCGGCUGGUUGGAUGAUGGUUUUAGAGGCCUUCUUCCGCUCCCUUUCAAUAGUACCAUGGGUGGAACAGCUUCAGCGCCGACUUACUUCAACAAACUGAACAAAGCCUCUCCUCUCCAGUUCGUGAAGAAUGAAGAAGCUUGCAGCUUUCUGGUAGAGCUGCGGUUAGAAAGACCUGACAGAAAAUACCGUGGAGAUGAUUCCAGCAAGUGGGAGGAGAUUUGGAAGGCCCCUUUUUUAGAUGCUGAAUUGUCACCUGCUCUACACCGAGCCUUCUUUAUUCCCUGGAGUUGGGAAAGCAAGAACAAUUUUGGAUCGUACAGGUUGCUUAAAAGAAAGGAGAAAUCUGCAGACGACAGUCUUCACAUCGAUCACUGAAGACAUUCAAGAAACUUUGGAACAUUGAAAAGCAAACUUGGAGAGCAGCAACGUCGUAACCUGGAGAUUUCCUUUUCUUUUCAUUGAUUCAAGAAAUAGCAAUGUGAACUAAAGUUGAUAUCUUCCAACAAUCUAGUCUGAAAGUAGAAUGAAGAGAUGAGCGUUAGACCUACUCCCUUGCUAGGAAGUCUCAAAGAAUUAUUUUAUCUGUCCUAACAUAUCUGAUCAGCUCUCUUUUUUCCCUGAAGCUUGGUCGUUUUUCGAGCUCGCCCUUCAUCUAGCAGUGUAUGCUACUGCAGUACAUAUCUGUCGAAGCACUGCAAAUGAUUUGGUACCUUCUCUUUCUGUUGGUGAUGUAUGGAAGGUAGUCUACCAAGAUAUGACUUGUUGGAGAUCUUUUGGUUGAUAUUAUAGAGAGCAGAGUCAUAAGUUUCUGAGCCUUGAGUCUUCAACUGCUGAUUACAAUCUGAAGUACGUCCUCUUUUGUAUGAGUCGCUUUCGAGUUUUAAAUUUGUAACAAGUUUGACAUUCUAGGUGAGAUUUCACCUUGCAACAAACGGG